AUGAAACUCGUUCCUGUCGUUUUACUUAUUGUCGCCGGUGCAAUUUUGAAUACUGUAACGGCAGAGAAAUCAUCAGAAUCGACAACAGGAGAAACAUCUCAUCAACUUGAUCUUCAUAAGAAAAUCAUAUCGAUAUCAAAUGUUCCUAUUACAUCCACUUCUCCAUACAAUCCGGCUAUUCAGUUUGGUCAGAUUCUUUAUCUGAGUGGACAACUUGGAAGAAACCAUACAACAGGUCAAUUGAUAUCGGAUGAUACUCAAAAUCAAACUCAUCAGGCACUGCAUAAUAUACAAGAUCUAUUACAUGCUGCAGGAUCUGAUAUCACUAAAUUAUUGCAAUGUCGUGUGUAUCUAACCGAUAUAAACGACUAUCAGGUGAUGAAUCAAGUUUAUGCAGCGUUUUUCUCAUCAACUGAAUUCUAUCCAGCACGUGCAACUGUUGCAGUUACCGCUCUAGCAUCCAACGCGAAAGUAGAAAUCGAAUGUACUGCUUUCGCGACACGAUCUGCAAGUAGUGAGACGCAUUCAACUGGUCAUAAAUGUUCGAUGGUUUCAUCGAAUUUCAUCGUGUUUGGUAUUUCUUUCUAUUUUAUAGCACAUCUUUUCGCUUUUUGA